CUUUGCGUUGCGGUGGCGGUGGUGGUGGUGGAAAGAGAGAGAGAGGUAUCCUCGCCUCGCCUCGCCGGAGACGACAGAGGAGGUCGAUCCGAUCCAAUCCAAUACAAUCCGAUCCGAUCCAAUCCAAGUAGCCUCGCCGGCCAGCACCAAUGCCGUCGCGGAGCCUCGCCCUCUGCCGCCUUCCCGCGGCCGCCGCCCUUGGCCUCCCCGUCUCCUCUUUCUCCCCGCCUCCCCCCCGCCCCUUCCCCUCCGCCGCACGCCGCGCCAGGUCCCUCGCCGCCAGGGCCUCCUCCUCCUCUCCGGACUCCUCCUUCGGCUCGCGGAUGGAGGACUCCGUCAAGAAGACGCUCGCCGACAACCCCAUCGUCAUCUACUCCAAGUCCUGGUGCUCCUACUCCAUGGAGGUUAAGGCGCUCUUCAAACGGAUUGGCGUCCAGCCCCACGUCAUCGAGCUCGACCAUCUCGGUGCACAGGGACCACAAUUGCAAAAGGUGUUAGAGCGGCUGACUGGACAGUCCACUGUUCCUAACGUUUUCAUAGGUGGAAAGCACAUUGGUGGCUGUACAGAUACUGUGAAGCUUCAUCGCAAAGGGGAACUAGCUACCAUGCUGUCAGAGCUGGAUAUCAACGUCAACAACUCGUGACAACAUUGAACAUGGUCUGCUGUACUGGAAUUUGAUGUUCUAGUUAUUUGAGCAGUCAUGUAAUGAGAUCUGUUGGCCAUGUUACUAAUUCAAAUUGAUGUUGAGUGCACAUUUAUGUAACCACUCUCCCUUGACCAGCUAGGGAAUUUUGACUAAUGUGUAUCCACCGGUGAACUUGGGACAGGAGGAAAAAAUAUGAACA